AUGAAGACACAAUUUGAUGUCCUUUGUAGACGUCUGGAUGAGCUCUACAAUGAUAGGUGUUUUUUUGAGGUGGUUUGGCUAGUAACCCCAGAGAUGUUGUUUGAGCCGAUCCCACUGGAGCAAAGAGUUCAGAUUGGGCUAGCCCUGAUUCAGCUAAAGAAAUACGGAGUAGGAGUUCAGCAACUUAUCUUGGCCUGUGAAUUCUCCUCGGGUAUGAGUAAACAAGAUAAAUGGUUACUUUUAGCCCAACAAUUGAAGAAGUUGGGCUAUGUUGAAAAAGCUAGACUAUGUUUGAACGAGGCCUAUUUGAUAUCUCUAGAUACAAAAAUACUACAACUGGUGAUAGAGGUGCAGAGGACAAAUAAUGUUAAAGUAGAGCCUAAUGAAGAUGAAUUACAGUUGAUCCAGAAAAUUCGAAAAAUGGAACAGUUGCACCAGAAAGAGUACUACCAGUCUCGUAUUACCCAGUUAGAAGAAAUUGAGUAUAUCAGUAAUCAGUUGAUUCUUUUUUCAAUAUCCAACUUUUUGGAACGUCAAAAAAUCAUAGAUGAUUGCCUCCUAGGCCGAGUCUUCAAAGUAGCAUCCAAGUUUCCCCCAUGGUCCUUUUUUAGCUUACUCGAAGAACAUAAACCAACACUUCAAAGUUUGAUCAAAGAGGAAGAAGAUAUCUAUUUUGAGAUUAACUUGACUGCCCCAGCAAAGCCCUUCUGUAAAUCCUUAAAAGCAUUAUCUAGAAGCCAGCAUAAAGAGAAGCUAGUGAAGAUCUGCAGGCUUGCUGUGCUGCACAGGUUCACUCAAUCAAUUAUCUCCUUCUUGAACGACGACCUUGAAAGGUCCUCCAGCAUCAUGAGAGAAGUUCUCUUGCUCUUUGAGAUGCUAAGUAUGCAUUUUGAUAUGAUUAAUAAGACUAGAAACGAAUUCAUUGAGCAAUUUGGGUUCAACGAGGUAUUCAUGGUGUGUGCCAUCUAUGCUGCACAAUAUGCACUCCAGAGGAACCAUAAAACUAGUAGAGAAGAGAUUGAGCACCUUCAAAAGGUUCUUAACAAAUGUUUAGAUGAUUCUUCUGUGAACCUGAUAACCAACAAGCAACUGGCAGGACACUUAUUCAAAAUGCUGGGAUUAAUUCACCAAAGAUUGGCCGUGUAUAACCUACGUUGGAUACGCUCCAGCCCAAGCAUGUUUGAAAAUCACCAGCCUGUUGAGGUACCAGAUAACUUGAUUAAAUUGAAUGAAGAAAACCUAGACUGCAUGGUUACUAACUUGAUUUGGGCGGCCACAAUGAAACAGAAUCAUGAUCCUGAAUUGGUUCGUAUCUAUGAUCAAAUCUUGUGGGCCAUGUUACUGAGUGGAGGUGUCCACGUAAAAUGUUUUUGGUUUUUCAAGUUCGUUAGGGACUACUAUAAAUUGGAGAAUGAUAUUUCACCGUUGACACUUGAUUGCUACCAGCCACAGACCUGCUAUCACAAAGAAUCUAUUACUGAAAGGCUUGUAGAGUAUUACUGUCAUGGCCAAUUUUUUUCAAUAGAGAACGAAGCCCAAAAGUUAUUAGAUCACAUUUAUAACAUUAAGGACUCAUUUAGUUCGGAUGAAAAGUCUCAAAUGUGGGACGUUACCCAGGAGAAUGUUUUCUUGGCACCUCACGUAUUUCUUCACCAAGAUUCGUUCAAGUGUCUCAUGAUGGACGGUUAUUUUUCAUAUGCUGAGUUUCAGUCACUUCAACAGCACCAUCUGAGGCCAAUUCUGCGAAGAUUAAUGCGGUACCCCCAAGAAGAAACAACAGAAGAAGUUUCAAAGAGUAUUCACAAGAGCCGAGAUUGGAUUGUUUUAUGGAUCCAACAGUUCAAAGUAUUUAAUGGUAGAGAAAUUCCCGAGGUCAUUUCCAACUUUUGGUACGAAAAUAUCGAGUAA